AUGAUGCCUUCCACAUCAAAUCCCAACGAGAAGAAUCUGGAAGAUGUUGGCGACCCAAAUUCGGCACAAAUUCCGAAUCCAGAAGAAGACCAAGCGGAAGAAUUAGAGGAGAUAAUAGUAGUGAGUGGCGAAGAAAUGCAAGCGAAUGGUGAAGAAAUGCAAGUUGUCGACCAAGAAGAAAUUAUUUUUGCGGAAGAUGGAGAGUAUAUCGAGUACGACGCCAUUGUAAGCGUCUCCAGUGAGAGAAAUCUCCUUUAUGAUAUGUAUCAACCACAAGCGACGGUAAAUGGAACGUUCGUUUGCAAAAUAUGCUUGAGAACUGGCAAAAAUACGGAAUAUCCGGAUAGAGCGUCAUUUGUGGCGCAUCGAUACAAAUGUCAUGGAAGUUUUAAUAACAAUGUGAUAUGUCCGAUAGCGGAUUGUCGUGAAGUUUACGCCUCACUCUAUACACUUCGACGUCAUCUAAGUCAACAACACGAGCUGCCGAUUGAGAUUCAUUUGCAAACGUUCACAAAUAUCGGAGAAUUCGAAAAGUUCAGACAUUUGAUAGAACUGGCUUCUGGUUGUCGGUACAUGAUGCAUACGAAGCAGCCAAAGUAUCGGAGACAAGUUAUGCAUUGUUCGAAGAGUGAACAUAAGUUGGUAUUGCAGACACAGAAACAUCGUCUUCCUCGCGAACGGAUGCUGAAAGAAGGUUCUGCAUGUCCAUCUGUAAUUUCGUAUCGAGUAAAUGCUUCGAAUGGAGAAGUCCACGCAUUCAUGCAGUUAUACCAUGUUGGCCACGCCCCUGAUUCAGAUGCAGAGCACAGUAAUGCAGACGCGGCGAGACCUAUGGAUGUAGUAUUCCCUUUGAAACCAUCGUUCUGGGCUGAUCGACCGAUGCAAUUCGUGCAAAUUGAUGUACAUGAAAUGCCACCAGCUGUAUACGGAAGUAAAGUCUAUGAGAGUAUUCUGAUAGUAAUGUGCUUGAAAUCGAAAUUCAUGUGGGCUAAACCACUGUACGAAUGCACACGAACAGCUAUCGGGAGACUUUUGAAUACGAUUUUCAAUGAAUACGGAGUACCAGAAGGAUUCUCGACAACAUUCCACCCAACAUACAUUCGGGAUACAAUGAAAUCAUUGGAAAGUGUAUAUGCUAUAGACAUUCGAGAAGUCUGGAAUGAGCCACCAGCCUAUAGUCUACUGGAAAGAUGGGUUCUUGAGUUGGCUGAAAUGGAUUUGUUAACAAGAAAUCGAUGGGUUGAGCAGUUACAAUUUGUGGUCAUGGAAUAUAAUCAGAGGCCGAUACCUGAACGAUUAGAGACACCAUUUGAACGAAUGUUCCGUAGAAAAGCACCGAAUUUGUAUCAUAACGGACAACAACAGGAUAUGAUGACUGCGAAAUUCAGAAGAUAUCAUGAGGAAUUGAGAAGAGAGGACGAGGGAAUGGAGGAGAAUUUGAGUGCCACAUUUGAACCGGGACAGAAAGUUUUUCUUCGAAAAGGAAUUACAAAGCCACGACGAGGAAAUAAUACUCAAUUCUACUUUGGAAUCAUUGGAGAACACGAUCCGAGUAAUCAGUAUUACCCAUAUAAAGUACAUUACUCAAGUACAGAUUCUCCGUGGCCAACUGAGAGAAACAUGUUCGCAUGGGUGAGUGUGUUCGAUCUGUUACCCACAAUUCAUGGAAUCAGUGAAAUGACAAAUAUGGAAAAAGAGGAAUCCAUUGCAAGCUACAUGUGUUCUUGUCCUGGAAUCGAAUCGAAUAAAAACUUUGAUAUGUCAGCUGUUGGAAAACCGGCUCGUGCUGCAUCUCACUGUCUUCUGUUCCGAAAUCUUCUUUGCUCGAAUCAUAUGUCCCGAUACUGCUGUAAGACAUUAGCCACUGGACCGUGUCGUUAUCAUUCAUUGUAUCCUGAAAACGACGAGUCUUACGCGAAAAUGGAUGCGGUUUUGACGGCAUUUCUAGCACAAAGUAAGGAUAUUGAGAAGAGAGAAUUGAGAAGAGAUAAGACGAUGGAGGAUCCUGGACCGAUUCGUCGACUGGUUCAAGCAGAAAUCGAUCGAAUGCGUCUCAACGGAGAAGACUUCGAUGUGAUCGAUGAAGAAGAGUUCGCGCCGCCUGAGAUGGAGGAACAUCAUCAGAUGCGUAGUCAUGAAGAUGUGCAAGGUUCAACAGAACAAAUCGACAUCGAGGGCAUAGAAGAAGAAGAAAUUUUGGAGCCAACUACUUCUCUGGAGCACAGAGAAGCUUCUGAUGUCGCAUUCGAAUACGAGGAUCCGAAGGAAGACGGUCAGCCUGGACCAUCUGAAUCUCAAAGCCCACUAAAGCGGAAUAGAGAGAAAAGUCCAGAAGAGAGCCAGAAACGGAAAAAAGUUUCUGAUGAUUCCGAGGAGUUUCUUCCAUCCGAAUCUUCGUCAAUACCUUCGAUAACGACGUCACCAUCUUCUAGAAGAGCGUCGGCAAGACGGACGAUACGCCCGAAAAAUUUGGAGGACUAUAUUGUUGAAUGA